AUGGUAUUUCAUAGAAUUUUAGGUUAUUUAACCCCAAAGAUGGGUAAUAAAAAUUAUUAUAAAGGUAGAGGUGUCCGUGGUACUGGUCAUUCUUCCUCAAUCAAUAGAUGGAUCGUUGAUCCAAAGAAAGCUUUAACCAUUCACGUACCAGCAAAUUAUUAUUCAGAAACUCCAUCAGAAUUAAAACCAUACGUUUCACGUCAUUGUUUCCAAUUAUCAAAAGAAGAAGUAGAUGCAAAAAAAGCAGCAAAGAAACAAAGAAGAUUAGAUGUUUUAAUGGAAUCUCAAAAGAAAUAA